GUCCGCUUACUUUCUACCUCGACCACCACCACCAUCAACGACUCUCAGACACUUUUUGAUUCACAUCUAAACAUCAAUGGCUCGUACGAAACAAACCGCUCGCAAGUCUACUGGUGGUAAGGCACCCCGUAAACAGCUUGCAGCCAAAUCAUCUGCUCGCAAGACUGCCGCAGCAGCAACUGGUGGUGUGAAGAAGCCCCAUCGUUUCCGCCCCGGUACUGUCGCUCUCCGUGAGAUCAGACGGUACCAGAAGUCGACAGAGUUGCUCAUCCGCAAGCUGCCGUUCCAACGUCUCGUUCGUGAAAUUGCUCAGGACUUCAAGACUGAUCUCCGUUUCCAAUCGUCUGCCGUCAUGGCUCUCCAAGAAGCUGCUGAGGCUUACCUUGUGUCGCUAUUUGAAGACACUAACCUUGCUGCCAUCCACGCUAAGCGUGUCACUAUCCAACCAAAAGAUCUCGCAUUGGCUCGUCGGUUACGGGGAGAGCGUUCAUAGGAGGAUUUUUUGUUGUUGUAGAUCUGGCAGUGUGUUAUUAUAUUGUACGACUAUUGUAUUGAGCUAUAUAUUUUAUAUUUGAUCAUCAACGUG